GGGUACUGUGUCUUUAAAGGGGUGUUGGUCGACGGAGAGGUAGCAGAUAGGUUUAAUUUAGUCGCAAGGAACACGGAGUACGCUUCUUUUUAUUUUUGCAAGGGUUGUUGACUUCCGAGAAAAGCAGUUGCCGCGCGUGCAACCUGCAACCAUGGGAGAAGAGGAGACUCGUCAGAAAUUGCUGCGCAAUGUGAAGAAAGAGGUGAAACAGAUCAUGGAGGAGGCGGUGACGAGGAAAUUUGUGCACGCCGACAGCAGCCACAUCGUUUCAUUCUGCGCUACCGUGGAGGCCUGUGUGCUGCACGGGCUGAAGCGGCGUAUCGCGGGACUGCUGUGCAGCAACAAGGUGGCGGCGCUCUUCAUGAAAGUGGCCAAAAGCUUCACGCCUGCAGAGCAACUGUGCCACAAGGUCCAAGAGCUGGAACAACUUAUCGAAAACAGCAAACAGAACAAUUCCUCACAGGGCAACGACUGCGGCCGACAAACCAAAUUGAACAACCUUCCACCUCAAGCCCUCAAACAUUUGUGGAUCCGAACGGCUUUGCUGGAGAAGCUACUGGAUAAAAUCAUCCUGUAUUUGGUGGAGAACUCCAGCACGUUUUAUGAGAAAGAAGCCAUGCUGAUGGAUCCUGUGGAUGGACAAAUUCUUGCAUCACUAUUGGUCGGUCCCUGCGCCUUGGAGUACACCCAAGUCAAGACCGCCGACCAUUUCUGGACGGACCCAUCAGCUGACGAGCUCGUACAGAGGCACCGCAUCCACAGUGGCCACUGUCGACAGGAUUCUCCCUCCAGGAGGCCUGCCCUGAUUCAAAAGAGGCAGUCCAGUGGCAGCAUGGACGACCGCCCUUUGGUGUGGGCAAGAGAGUACGUGGAAUCCCUGCACCAAAAUUCCAGAGCCACGCUGCUUUUUGGCAAGAACAAUGUCCUAUGGUCCGGGUGCAGCCGGCCGGGAAGUGGAAGAGAGGCGGUGGGGAGGGCGGGUUGA